UUUUCCAAACCGCUUAUCCUAUUGGGUCGCGGGGAGUCUGGAGCCUAUCCCGGAAGCAAUGGGCACGAGGCUGGGAACAACCCAGGAUGGGGGGCCAGCCCAUCGCAGGGCACACUCACACACCAUUCACUCUCACAUGCAUUCCUAUGGGCAAUUUAGCAAGUCCAAUUAGCCUCAGCAUGUUUUUGGACUGUGGGGGGAAACCGGAGUACCCGGAGGAAACCCCACGACGACAUGGGGAGAACAUGCAAACUCCACAUACAUGUGACCCAGGCGGAGAUUCGAACCUGGGUCCCAGAGGUGUGAGGCAACAGUGCUAACCACUGCACCACCAUGCCGCCCCCAUUAUAGAAUAUUAUAUAGAAUAAUUAUACAAGAGCUAUAAUUAUUAUGAUGUUAUUAUUUAAUUGUGUGGGCCGUGUUGCUUGAUUACAUUUGACUCUUCGGCACGUGGGACGCUGCCGGUUUGAAAGACGCGGCUUCACUUGUUUUCUGCACCAAGAUGACGAGAAACAAACGAAUUGCAAAAGCUGUCAGCUGGAGCAACGAUCGAUACUGGGCAACUUGGGACAAGUGGAUGGAAGUGAUUGACUGGGAAGAUGAGGAAGAGCUGUGCUCCCCAGCAGAAUCACCCUCUGACCAGGCUGACCGUUCCAUGGUGUCACACACCCGAAAGCCAAUUGCCAAGGCAGUUAGCUGGACGGAUGAUGUGUAUUGGGCAGCCUGGGACAAGUGGGAUGAGAUCAUCUGCUGGGGUGAAGAAGGAGAGUGCUCCCCAGCAACUCCACCCAUCAACCAGCCUGGGAGGGAUAAGGGGUUAGACAUGCAUGGGUUAGAGGUUUUUCUGUUAAAUGAAAGGACAGUCUCCAUAAAGCCUGCAGAUGACCACCAAGACAGGCUGAAAAUAGGAGCCGUAGUGGUCGACCUCUGCCAGUUUGAGCUAGAUGGUGUAAAUGAUAAAUUUGAAAUUGUCGAAAUACAAAUUGGAGAGGUCAAAUUGGAGGAGACUGCAGAGAGGGGUUUUAAUUCAGAAUUUGAAUUGGAAAUUAUGGAUGUGGAGAUAGAGGUUGUAGACAGUGAAUUCCAGCUGAAUGCUCUUAAUUGGGAAAUUGCUGGAACUAAAGUGGACAAAUUAUUAGUGGAACACCUGAACAUAAAUAAUCUAGAAGCAGGCAGUGUGAAGGUGUCCACAUUAAAUGGGAAUGUGGUAUAUGUCAAUGGUAUGUGAGUGUGUUUGGUAAUGAUGGGUGUGAAUGGUGUGUGUAAGUGGUGUGUGUGUGUGUGUGUGUAUGAGAAUGGUGAUUGAAUGGUGUGUGUGAGGUAAUGGCGUGUGAGUGAAUGGUGUGUGUGAGUGACAGGUGUGUGAAUGGUGUGUGUGAGGUAAUGGCAUGUGUGAGUGAGUGUGAGUGGUAAUGGCGUGUGUGUGAGUAUAUGGUGUAUGUGAAUGGUGUAUGUGUGUGAAAAUGGGGAGUGAAUGGUGUGUGAGUGAAUGCUGUGUGAAUGGUGUUUAUGAAUGGUGUGUAUGUGAGUGAAUGGUGUGAUUGUGUGUGUGAGUGACUUGUGUGUGUGUCUGUGUGUGUGAGAGGGUAUACCUAUCCUUAUGAGGACACAAUAACGUGAUAAAUAUUCAUUUCUUCAGGAAACCAGUCCCCCUAAGGGAAAACUCUAUUUUAUAAAAAUCAGUGACUGCUAUGAAAAAACUAAAAAUGCAAAAUACUCUUGCAUUUUACUUGGUUAGUUAUGGUUAUGGU